CGACAUGGGGGUAAGUGAAUAAUGACAAAAUGUUCAUUUGGGAUGGAGUGUCCCUUUAUACACUUUCCGUCUUUGCUCCACCAAAACAUUUUUGUAAGUAAAUGCUUUGUUUGGCUUACAUAAAAGUCUACAACAGCGGGAGAAGCCAGAACGUAAACAACGGCUAUAAACAUAAUUAACGUUUUAAAUAUAACGUUAUUUAGCGUAAAAUGUAUUUUCUUAGAAAUAUGUGUAAACCAAGUAAAGCGGUAAUGUGUUUGAAAUCAACCACUGACAGAUCAUUCGCUCAAUCGGUGUCUCCGCCGUUUGUAGUAAACAUUCCGUUUCUAUGGCAACUGUUGAACUACAACGAGACUAGCCGUUUGAUUACGUCAUAGAACAGACUGCUUAAAAGGAGCUGAGCUCUCUACGUCAUAAAACAGACUGCUUAAAAGGAGCCGAGCACUCGCACCAUCUUCAGUUUCCAGGUUCAGUGAUAAUCCGAGCCGAGGCGAGGAGUCAUAGAGCAAAGAACAAAGCCGCGAGUCUAAGCGAAAGUCUACGAAUACUGUGUACAGACGCCAGACUAUACAGCUAGUGUUCAGUGUUAUAUUCAGCUAUAUUCAGUGUUUAGAAAAACAGUUUAUACACACUGUCUGUUGUCAGUGUGUAUCAUAAAAAGUUUGACAACUGUACAUCUGAUAAUAUCAGAUACAGUUUGACAACAAUAUCUGACAGUACUAUAGAGUACAUCAGACAUCAUGUCCACACAAAAGAGAGAUGUGCACCUGAAGGCUGACAUCAGCAGCACCAUCUCAGAGAAUGGAAAUGAUCAGGGUGGCAUGAAUAUUUCUCCUGCAACCAAUGAGAAGGCAAGCCCAACAGAUACUAAAGUGAGGAAGAGCAACAAAACCUCUGCAUUCUUCCGAAGAACAUGGAAGACUGUGAAAAAACCCUUUCAGAAAAACAGCGUGGAGCCUACUGGGAUCUCAGCACAGCCUGUUCCAGAGUCAUCGUGUGUACCAGGUCCUCGACCAAAACUUCAAGUGGAUCUGGUUGAUGCAGAGCAAUUGUGUGUUGCAGGCCCAAGUGAUCCUACACCUCAAGUGACAACAGAAACUCAAAAAACUCAAGUGACAACAGAGUCCACACAAAAGAGAGAUGUGCACCUGAAGGCUGACAUCAGCAGCACCAUCUCAGAGAAUGGAAAUGAUCAGGGUGGCAUGAAUAUUUCUCCUGCAACAAAUGAGAAGGCAAGCCCAACAGUGAGGAAGAACAGCAAAAUCUGUGCAUUCUUCCAAAGAAGAUGGAAGGCUGUGAAAAAAACCCUUCCAGAAAAACAGAGUGGAGCCUAUUGGGAUCCCAGCACAGCCUGAUCCAGAGCCAUCGUGUGUCCCAGAUCCUGAAGCAGAAGCUGAAAUGGAUCUGGUUGAUGAAGAACAGUUGUGUGUCGCAGGUCCAAAUGGUCCUGAACCUCAAGUGAAAAACAGAAACUCAAACA